CAUGCUUUUAUUGUAUGAAUGAGGGAAUAAAAGGCCUUACAGGGGUAUAUUGACUUCUCAAUGCCACAUAAAACUUGUUCCAUAGCAGUUAAAUUAGGGGAAGGUGAAUAAGAUGGUGACAAGGAGAGAAGCUGGAAGUCAAAGAGGAGAGUCAGAAGCGGAAGGGAAAUGAGCAUCUGAGUAGGUGGUCUGGGGUUUAGGGAAGGAGCGGAUUUUCUUUUUUCAGACAGUGACUGAAAGGAAGGUUUGUCUGUGAGGAGGAGAAGGAGGUCAGAAUAGAUGCAUUGUGGGGUAGGUUUGUUUAGAACAGAAAUCAAAGACCAACUUUCCUGAGAGAAAGAACAUCUGCAAAUGAAAUGCUGUUUCUACAACUUCCAAUGCUCCUGGCUUUCCUCCCAGGUGGUGACAGUGUGGAUGGCUUCCAGGAGCCAGCCUCUUUCCAAAUCAUUCAGAUCUUAUCCUUUUACAACCAUUCCUCGUUACACGGUGUGGGCUCAGGCUGGUUAGGUGAGUUGCAGACUCAUGGCUGGGACAGCAGCUCUGACACAAUCAUUUACCGGUGGCCUUGGUCCAAGGGCAACUUCAGCAAUGAGGAGUUGAAGCAAGUGGAAAAGAUACUUCUUACGUUCUUCAGUAGGCUUGGUCAGGCAUUUUACAACCAUGCCAGCCAAUGGCAGCUUGAAUAUCCCUUUGAGGUGCAGGUAGCAGGAGGCUGUGAGCUGCAUGUUGGCAAAGACUCAGUAGGAUUUGUGCAGUUUGCUUACCAAGGAUCAGACUUCCUGAGCUUCCAGGACCAUUCAUGGGUGCCCGCUCCAGAGGGUGGAAUUACGGCUCAGCUUGUCUGCAGCCUAUUCAGCUUGUACCAAGGCACCCAGGAAAUAAUACACAACCUGCUCAGUGACACCUGCCCACGUUUCCUCUUGGGUCUUCUUGAUGCAGGGAAGGCAGAUCUCCAACGACAAGUAAGACCAGAAGCCUGGCUGUCUCCUGGCCCUGAUCUUGGUCCUGGCCGUCUGAUGCUGGUUUGUCACGUCUCUGGCUUCUACCCAAAGCCUAUUUGGGUGGUGUGGAUGCGGGGCGAGCAGGAGCAACAGGGCGCUCAGAGAAGUGAAGUCUUGCCUAAUGCUGAUGGGACGUGGUAUCUUAGGAGUUCCUUGGAUGUGGAAGCCAGUGAGGCAUCGGGCCUGAGUUGCCGGGUGAGACACAGCAGUCUAGGAGGCCAGGACAUCAUCCUCUACUGGGAUCAUCAGAGCUCCGUGGGCUGGAUUGUCUUGGCAGUGAUCGUGCCCUUGGUGCUCCUGAUAGCUCUUGCGUUUUGGCUUAGGAAGCGCUGGACACACUGUGAACCUCUAAGCGGUCUUAUCCCUUUGGAAUGAAAUCCCAACAACCCAGGAGCUCAGGACACAUCUACACAGAACUCGGCGGUGACAGCCUUUCUGCUCUCCUUGUACAACUUUUUUAGUUGUUGUGUUU